CGUACGCGAUUUUACAUUGUUAACUCUAUGUGUAGAUUUACAUGUACCAAAUGUUACGCAUGCGUGUCCAAAGAUAUAAGUCAACCUAAAGCGAGGAAACGGAUGUUUAAAAGUUGAACACAAAUCUGUACUAGCAAUGGAAGCAAUAACGCGGAAGCUGCCACCAAAUCCGCGACAAAAUGCGAGCAUAUUUUCCACCCUUACCUUCUGGUGGACGAUCGAUCUGUUUCGGAAAGGAUACAGCAAGGUGCUGGAGCUGCAGGACCUCUUCCGUCCGCUCGAUGUGGACAGAUCCGAUGCCCUCGGUGACCGGUUAGAAAAAAAAUGGUUCGAGCAACAGGCCGGACCGGGGCGACCAUCGCUGGUAAAGGCAAUCUUCAAAACAUUCUGGCGAGAGUACGGCGUGCUCGGCAUUAUUACCGUGUUCAAUGACAUCUUCAUUCGGCUGGCGCAGCCCAUCUUCCUCGGCCAACUGCUGCUUUAUUUCCGCAAAGACACGGACGUAACCCGCGAGAGUGCCUUCUAUUACGCCGGCGCUAUCGUCCUGCUGAACGCGAUGAGUGUAGUCACGAUCAACCAGUACGUGCUGGGGAGCUUCCAGAAUGGUAUGAAGGUGCGAAUCGCUGUAUGCAGUUUGAUCUACCGUAAGGCAUUGCGCCUUUCCCGGACUGCCCUCGGAGACACUGCGCCCGGGAAGGUGGUCAAUCUCCUGUCGAACGACGUAAACCGCUUCGAUAUCGUGUCCGUGUUUCUUCACUCCAUGUGGUCUGCUCCACUGCUGGCCAUCAUCAUUGGCAUCCUGCUGUACAUCGAGAUCGGCGUGGCUGGCCUGAUUGGGAUGAUCGUGAUAUUCAUCGUUACUCCGAUCCAGUCCUAUACCGGCAAGCUAACUUCACGUUUCCGGCUCCAGACGGCCCUCCGCACGGACGAGCGCAUCCGGCUGAUGGACGAGAUCAUUUCCGGCAUACAGGUGAUUAAGAUGUACGCCUGGGAGCGCCCGUUCGCGAAGCUGAUCAGCCGCGCCCGCCAGAUGGAGCUGAAGAUCGUGAAGAAGAGUGCGUACGUGCGCGGGCUGUACAUGACGUUCCUACUGUUUACCACACGUAUGGCACUAUUUUGCACGAUGAUGGCAAUGGCGCUGCUCGGCGAUGAGCUGACGGCGGCCCGGGUGUUCGUGGUGGCAACAUACUUCGGCAUUCUGGCGAACACCAUGUCGGCGAUGUUUGUGCGCGGCAUAGCGGAGAUCGCGGAAGCGAUGGUAGCAAUGAAACGGCUGCAGAAGUUCCUCGAGUACGACGAGAAGGUAGAGGAAGCACUACCCGAAAGCAAACAGAAGUUGCUGGCGGAACUGGGCCUCAAUGGGGAUGUGUCGGAGGAGAAGCAAAAGCUGAUCGAGUCGGACGCCCAGCUACCGGCGAAUGUGGCCGUGUCGAUGCGGAGUGUAACGGCCCGCUGGGGAGCGGUUAAACAGCAGCCAGUGGUUGGAGCCCCGAAAGUACGUAACGGCGGCGUAUCCCACAAGGACAAGCGGAUCACACAAAACGAAGACUCAGAAACCCUACCCCCGACGACGCUGGCGAAUGUAAACGUUGAGUUCCGCAAAGGAAUCCUGAUCGGUGUGAUCGGCCCCGUCGGUGCCGGUAAGUCUUCGCUACUGCAGGCAAUUCUUCGUGAGCUACCCGUUGAAACGGGGACGAUCGUGAGUCGGGGAAAGUUUGCUUACGUCAGCCAGGAACCGUGGGUUUUCGCCGGCACUGUUCGGCAAAACAUUCUCUUCGGACAACCGAUGGAAAAGGAUCGUUAUGAAGCGGUCGUAAAAGCGUGUGCCCUCGUCACCGACUUUGAACAGCUGCCGGAUGGUGAUCGGACUAUGAUUGGGGAGCGUGGUGCCGCCCUGUCCGGUGGUCAGAAGGCACGCAUUAGCUUAGCCCGAGCAGUGUAUCGACGGGCCGACGUGUAUCUCCUGGAUGAUCCACUCAGUGCGGUCGAUGCACAUGUUGGAAAGCAUCUGUUUGAUCUAUGUGUUGGCCCGCACGGACGGCUGGGGUCACUGAAAACGACGCGCAUACUGGUCACACAUCAGGUCCACUUCCUGAAGGAAGCCGACUGGGUUGUGGUGUUGAAUGAGGGGCGUGUGCAAGCACAGGGCACCCCGCACGAGUUGUCUCAAAGUGGAAUUGACUUUGUGGAGCUAGUCGAACGUAAAACAGAUGAAGAGGGUGGCGGCGAUACGGACGGAUCGAUCAGUGGUACAGGGGACAAACGUAGCCGGCGCGAUUCGCGAGCUUCGGCGCGCUCGGGUAGUUCCUCGGUCCACGAUUUGUCCGAUGAGGAGCAGAAGCUGGACGAACGGGAACGAGCGGCCGAUGCUCCCGUCCAGAGCAACAUGGAGGGUACCUCGCGGGGAAUGGUGCAAGGCUCGGUACUGCUGAACUACAUCCGCAGCGGGGCGAACCCAGUAAUCAUGUUCGGGUUACUGAUUCUGUUUCUCGCCACGCAGCUUGCCGCUAGCGGGGCCGACUAUUGGGUUUCCUUUUGGACCUCCCAAGAGGAGCAGAGAUUGUUCCAGAAGGCGCACCAGGAAACGGUUACAAACAACACUGAUGGAAGCUUGCCCCCAGUGGUCGGCGAGCAGCGGACCCUACUUAGUACGGACAUGUGCAUGGCCAUCCAUGGUGCGCUGGUCAGCAGCAUAUUUAUCAUUGCUAUUUGCAGAUCGAUCAGUUUCUACAAAACUUCGGUACGCGCAUCACAGAACCUGCACGACAGCAUGUUCAAGGGCUGCGUAUCGACGUCGAUGAGGUUCUAUGACACAAACCCGUCCGGCCGGAUUCUGAAUCGCUUCUCGAAGGACAUGGGAUCGGUAGAUGAACUGCUGCCCAAGGCGUGCCUCGAUGCCACGCAAAUCAUUCUAAGCCUGUGCGGAACGAUCGUCGUGACCGUGACCGUGAAUCCCAUGUUCCUCGUGCCACUAUUCUUGCUUGGCAUCGUGUUCUGGUUCGUUCGGCGCAUCUUUCUGAAGACGUCGAAAAACAUCAAGCGACUCGAGGGCAUCACGCGAUCCCCAGUGUUCUCCCAUCUCGCCGCUUCGCUGGCCGGCCUACCGACGAUCCGAGCGUUCGGUGCACAGGGCGAGCUGAUACGGGAAUUUGACGCCCACCAGGACAUCCAUACGGCCUCGUUCUAUAUGUUCAUCACGGCAAGCUCGGCUUUUGGGUUCGCGCUCGAUCUGCUCUGUCUUGUGUUUGUGUUUAUCGUGGUGUUCAGUUUUCUGCUGAUCGAACAGGAUACUUUUGCUGAUCAGGUAGGCCUGGCGAUCACACAGGCGAUGGCCCUCACGGGAAUGAUGCAGUGGGGUAUACGGCAGAGCGCCGAGGUGGCAAACUUCAUGAUGUCUGUCGAGCGGUUGCUGGAGUAUCGGGAUCUAGCGCCAGAAUGGCAACCCGUCGAACCACGCGUUCCGAACAAAAACUGGCCGGAGGCGGGUAGAAUCGAGUUCCGUAACGUUACCUAUCGUUACUUCGAAGGAGCACCGGCUGUGUUACGCGACCUUUCGUUUGUCAUACGGCCACGGGAAAAGAUUGGCAUUGUCGGACGAACGGGUGCCGGCAAGUCUUCACUCAUCGGUGCACUGUUCCGGUUGGCACAGGUCGAGGGAGAGGUGCUGAUCGAUGGCAUUAACACGGCCGAAAUUACGCUGGAAAGCCUGCGCUCGAAGGUGUCGAUCAUCCCGCAGGAUCCGGUUCUAUUUUCCGGGACGCUACGCCGUAAUUUGGACCCAUUCGAGGAUUACCCCGAUGUGGAGCUGUGGAGUGCGCUGGAGCAGGUUGAGCUGAAGGAACUUGCCAAUACGCCGGCCGGCCUACAAAUGGCGGUGGCGGCUGGUGGGUCGAACUUUAGUGUCGGCCAACGGCAGCUGAUCUGUCUCGCUCGUGCGAUCCUACGUAGCAAUCAUGUCCUGGUACUCGACGAAGCCACUGCCAACGUUGAUCCGACCACCGAUCGUUUGAUCCAAGACACGAUACGAUACAAGUUUACCGACUGCACCGUUCUAACGAUCGCUCAUCGACUAAAUACUAUCAUGGAUUCGGACCGAGUGCUUGUAAUGGACGCCGGGCAGGCCGUUGAGUUAGGCACACCGUACGAGCUGCUGCAGCUUCCGAUGGGUAUCUUCAGUGAUAUGGUGGCGGCAACGGGACCAUCCGAAUCCGAGCGGCUACAGCAAAUCGCGCGUCAAGCGUACGAACAAACAUUGGCGGUGGCAAACAAAACGCAGUGAUGCAGAAGCCAAAUGUGAUCGUGUAUUAGGAAACGUAUAAAACAAACAAACAAACAAACAAACAAGUGUCCUUAGAUGUAGAUCGACGAACAAAAUCAACAAGUAGAAGUAGAAGACGAAGGACAUGAAUCUUAGCAAAAUGUUAAAUAUUUGAUGUUUAAAAGACGCGUCCGGAUGAUGACCCAUUGUUACGUUGGAUCUUAACGGGUUAAUAUAGUUUUUUCAACGAAAGUAUAGUGAUAACCAGUAAACGUCACUAGACUUGGCGUUGUUUGGGUCGCCAAGGUUAUCUUGUCCUUUUGACGCCGUGCUGUACAUUACUGUUAUUUAGAAUAUAAAAAUUAAAUAUUGUAUUACAGCGAUAGUGUGGCAAACAUAAAUUCAACAGAAUACAGUUAUAAAAUGGGAUAUUGUUAAUCCGCCUUUCUUUGAGGGAAACGGUCCAGCACAUACAAAGACAGCAUGGAACAACAACUAUUAGAGCAAGUAUUUUUAAUAUUUUGUUUUGUUUGAAUAAACCAACGAAAUAAAUCCAGCA